AUGUCCCUCUACCCACCGGUACCUCAGGUCAAACCGAAGGCUGAGUCAAACCGCCUCUAUGAUGUCCUGUUCCUCGAAAGCAAUGGCAGCAACUUUCAGAUGUGGAAGUACCGCAUGACCACCAUCUUCCGGCUGUGUGGUCUAUAUGCGCUCAUUGAUGGCACUGAGACUGACCUUGGAGCAGCAGAUUCCACCAAGAAGGCGGACUGGGAUUUUCGUAACAGUGAGGCACUCGCGCAGAUCACGUUGACGCUCAAGGAUGAGCCGCUCAACGGUGUGAUGUACUCGAUGACAGUGCAGGAUGCUUGGGAGAAGUUGAAUAAGCACUAUGAGGGCAGAGGCAAGCAGACCUUAGCCUACCUCAUCAGUGACCUCUUCCGCAGCACACUCAGUAAUGAGUCGCCGCUUGAGCCGCAGCUCAACACAAUGCAGCAGAAGGCUCACAUCCUCGAGACACUCGGUCUUGCCCUUGACGACACGCUCAUUGCUAUCGCUAUGACAAUCUCUCUUCCUCCCUCCUAUUCUACCCUUCGUACCAUCCUCAUGGCCUCUGACUCCAAGCUCACUGUAGAGAAAGUCGUAAAUGAGGUCCUUAGUGAGGAGAAGCGACGCGGUGAGAUGACCGCAGCAUCUGCACUCAUUGUGAAGCAUGCCAACUUCAAGGCAAAGUUGAAGGGGAAGGACAAGGACAGGAAGAAGAAAGGCAAGUGUGCUUUCUGUGGCUUCCCUGGUCACACGAAGGACGAGUGUCGGAAGUUCAAAGCCAGCCAGGCCGAGGGCACCGCUGCGAAGGGCGAUAAGAAGGCUGAGAAGGCUGCCGAGACAAAGGAGUCUGCGAAGAUCGCCAGUGUAAGCCAGGUGGAUUCUGAGACACUCUGUCUCUUCAUCGCGGAGGAGUUGGCACAUGGCGAUGACCUUCUCCAUCGCUGGAUUGUCAAUUCUGGAGCUUCCUCCCACAUGACAUUCCAUCGUGAGUGGUUCAUCAACUACCGCACCCUCGCUAUGCCCAAGCGCGUCUACCUCGGAGAUGAGCACUUCAUUCUUGCUGUCGGUAUCGGUCAGGUCACACUCCAUGCAGCAGUCGACCAUGGCUCAAUGAACACUGGCAUUGUGCAAGAAGUCCUCCAUGUUCCAGACCUAAAUGGCAACCUCCUCUCUGUCUCACAGUUUGAUCAUAACAGCUAUGAUGUCCGGUUCACGGAUGGUACGUGUCGCAUCAGCAAUGCCCAGGGCCAACUUAACGCUAUCGGCCACAUCUCUGUGGGCUCUGUGCUGAAGAUGGUGCAGAAGAGAAUGGUCAAGGGCAUGUCGAUCAUUGGCGAGAAGGUGAGCGAGGCCAUCUGCAAGCCUUGCCUCCAUGGCAAGCAGACACGUCAGCAAAUUCUGAAGGAGUCGGAUGUCAAGAACCCACGCGUUCUCCACCGGACCUAUUCCGAUGUCUGCGGUCCCAUGCAGACCCAGACCAGAUCAGGUCACUGCUAUUUCAUCACAUUCAUCGACGGUCACACACACAAACUUGUUGCCAACCUUAUGAAGAUGAAGGAUGAAGCCCUCUCACAAUUGAAAGCCUUCAUUGAGCGUGCCGAGGUCAAGACCGGGCAGCAUGCAAACAUCCUGCAGACUGAUGGUGGCGGAGAGUACGAGUCGAAGGAAUUUGAUGCGUAUCUCAAGGCAAAGGGCAUCCACCACGAGAAGACAAAUGCCUACACUCCACAGGAGAAUGGCGUCUCAGAGCGGAUGAACCGUACUGUCGAGGAGAUGGCCCGGUGCAUGCUAAAUGAUGCCAGGCUGCCGAAUGCAUACUGGGGUGAUGCCAUACUACAUGCGGUAAAUAUCCUCAACUCCAUUCCAACUCGCGUGCUCCCGGAUGGCCUCACGCCAUAUGAAGCCCACACCGGAAACAAGCUGAGUGUUGCACACCUCCGCAUUUUUGGCUGCAAGGUCUAUGUCCACAUACCAAAGGAGAAGCAUCAGAAACUUGACUCGAAAAUGCUCGAGUGCACGCACCUGGGGUUCACCGAAAACUGCAAGGCUUACCGGCUAGUUCACAGACCUACUGGGCGCAUCAUCGAAUCCCGCGAUGUCUACUUCGACGAAGGAUCCGAAGUCGAACCGAGUCAUGUCACAAUUGAUGUCACACCUGCGCAGCCAGCACCUGAUGUGCGACCACUGCUGCAGUUGCAACCGCUGCUGGCACUGCACCCACCGAGGCCAACUGUUGAAGAUGUUCCUGAUGAGGAUGAGGAUGCACCAGCACUCCUCAACAUUGAUGAUGACAGUGAUGAUGAGGACGAUGAUGAGGACGAUGAUGAGGACGAUGAGGACGAUGAUGCACCACUGCCGGAACCCCACUACCAGCACCGGCAGCAAGCGCCACGUGCUGCACAGUCACCGCCACCAGUAUCAGUACCGGCAGCGGCACUGGUACCAGAACUGCGCCGUUCUGGUCGAACAUGCACGGCACCGGUAGUGGCUGAUGAUGACCGCUAUUUUGUGUCCUCUUACACACGAAAACUGAAGGACCAGGACAAUGCCGGUGGAGUGGGUGCUGCUGCUGGACCGGCAGAGGGCGCUGCCGGAGUAGGCGAUGAAAAUGCAGAAAAUGUGCGCAAAGCCGCAAACUGGGAUGAACUGCAAACCUAUGAGGAGGCGAUGUCACGCCCUGAUGCUGCACGCUGGAAGGCUGCAUGCACAGAGGAGCUGCAUGCAUUUGUCAAAGCAGAACUCUAUGACGAAGUGGAGCGCCCGCGCAACCGUAAGGUUGUUGACUGCAAGUGGGUUUUUAAGAUCAAGCGUGGACCGGAUGGCGAAAUCGAGAAGUACAAGGCCCGACUUGUUGCCAAGGGCUUCACACAGGUCGAGGGCCUUGACUUCAAUGAAACUUUCGCACCUGUUGCAAAGUUCACUUCCAUUCGCACACUGCUCGCUCUCACCGCCAAGCUCGACCUUGAGAUCCAUCAGAUGGAUGUCAAGUCGGCAUUCCUGAACGGUGAUCUUGAUGAGGAGAUCUACAUGAACAUCCCACCGAGUUUCCGCAAGGACAACAAGCUCAUCUGGAGACUCAACAAAGCCCUCUAUGGUCUUAAGCAGGCUGGGCAUAAGUGGUACAAGAAAAUCUGUGCUGAGUUCGAGGCGCUCGGGUUCACCCGCUGCAACUCGGACCACAGCGUGUUCUACAAGAACGACAAUGGUACACUCCUUAUCAUUGCAAUCUACAUUGAUGACAUGCUCAUCCUCUCCGACAACCCCACCGCUGUCAACACUCUCAAGGAUGAUCUCAACACCCCUAUGGCACAGAACCAGAAGCUCAUCAAGCUCUCGGAGGCAGAGAUUGACCCGAAGCCUUACCAGAGCGCGCUUGGCUCCCUCAUGUAUGCCAUGCUCGGCACUCGUCCCGACCUUGCUUUUGCAGUGGGCGCAUUGAGCCAGCAUGCUGCAAAGCCCAGCAAGGAGCACUGGAAUGCUCUCAUGUGGGUAUAUCGCUACCUGCGUGGGACAGCAGAAAAAAGGCUCGUCUACCAGACUACUACCAGGGAGAAGGAACUCCUUCUCGGGUACGUUGAUGCGGAUUGGGCGGCUGAUGUCAAUGACCGUCGAUCAGUCACAGGUUUUGUCUUCCAUAUCUCGGAAGGCGCUGUCAGCUGGUCUUCAAAGAAGCAGUCCCCAACAGUGCAAUCCACUGAGUACAUGGCUGGUGCUCAUGGUACAAAGGAGGCAAUCUGGCUCCACGCUUUCCUCUCGGAGAUUGGACAGGUUUUGAAGGGUCCUACUUCCCUACUCAUUGAUAACCAGUCCGCAAUUGUGCUCACCAAGAAUGCCGCUUUCCAUGACCGCACCAAGCACAUCGCCAUGCGCUACCACUUCAUCCGCGAGAAGUAUGACUCUGGAGAAAUCCAGCCUGAGUACGUUCCUACUGGAAAUCAGGUUGCCGAUAUCUUGACGAAGGCGCUUCCUCGUGAGAAGCUUAAGAAGUUCAAGGCGGAGAUGGGCUUGGCUUAG